AAGAAUCUCGAGAUAGUAGAAACCUACGUCUUAUCAUCUUAUAUUACGACGUGUGGGCAGUAAUCAGACUAAUGGUGAGAUUAAGAGCAAUUCAUAGAUAUCAGUCUUGAAAUAACUAACGAAGGAGAAUCGUUAGGUUGUUAUAAAUUCGACAAAGUUCUUCUAUCCACAAGGUUAAUCAUGGCUAAUCGAUUCUUUGAAGGAGCAGCUCAUGCAGCUGCUUAUGCAAAAUUUAGACCACAGCCUCCAACAAGUCUUAUUGGGCGUAUUGUUUCUUUCUUGAAAGAAGGGUACUCGGGAACUUUGGAUGUGGCUGCUGAUGUAGGAUGUGGCACAGGCCAGAGCACAGAAGUGUUGACUCCUUAUUUUGAGAAUGUUACAGGCCUUGACAUAUCAGCAGCACAAGUUUCUGAAGCCGCCAAGCUUUCUUUAUCUAAUCCAAAAAUUUGUUUCAAGGUUAGUGGUGCAGAAGCACUUCCUUUCAAAGAAAACAGUGUACAACUCGUAACAGCCAGCCAGGCAUGCCAUUGGUUUGAUAUGCCUGCCUUUUACAAAGAAGUUGAUAGGAUUCUUGUACCAGGUGGUGUUCUGGCCCUUUAUGGUUACUUGUUCCCAAGACCUGUUCAUAAGCAUCAUUCAGAAGAAUUGUAUGGACUUCUUGAUCAUGUAUAUAAAGUAGAAACAGAAGGCUGCUGGGGAAGUGCCCGAAAAGAUGUGGAUGAAGCCUAUUCGGAUGAUAGAUUCGUCAUCCCAUAUCCUGGUAUUGUCAGGGAUGAAACGCAUUACGUAGAUAAGAUGAUGUCAGUGUCGGAUAUAACUGGCUACCUUACUUCUUGGUCAGGUUUUCAGAAUUUCAAGGAGAAAAAUGGGGAACUAGCAGCUCAAAAAAUACUUGAUGAUUUCCAAAAUGGGUUUAUGAAGCUCCUAGACGUAUCAACUGCUCCAGAAGACACCCAGGUUUGCAUGCGUUUACAGUUUUUCCUUCUCAUGGGCCGUAAGCCUAGUAUGUGAACAGUUUUAGGUACUGAAUGUUAGUUGUGGAGAAUUGUAAUAACUUUUUACUAAUUGCACUUUGUACAAUAGUCAUAAUUUGUAUUAUUUUAUUGUGAUAAUUUAUGGGUAUACAUAUUGUUGGUAGUUUAGAUGGUUUUAUAUAAAUUGGAUAUGGAGAAUUUCUUAGAGAAACGUAUCUUUGUACACACUGAAGUCCUGUUGAACAGUGAUUUAAUAGGGUCACUAAACUAAUUGCUAAUAAUAUUGAUCUACAUUAGGAACGUUAUUGUACAACACAGUGGUGGGGAGGGGGAGGGGAACUGAGAUGGAAAAGAUUAUUCUUCUGUACACGUUCCUGAUCAUCAUGACCUUGUGUCCAACAUUCUUUACCAUUCCUCUUUCUGAAACCCUACCAAGUAAUACACCUACAUUAGAUUUCUUGACCCCUUGGAAAUUCACACAACUCUUGUUUCCAUAACCUCAACUUUCACCUGUCCCCUACUGGUUCCCUCCAAACAGUGGGAAUGUUACAUUGGUAGCUGAAACCCUGACCUCAUGGCCUUGAAUGUUUAUGAGUUGUAACUUUCAUGGUUCAGGCAUAUGUAUACUCUUUUGCUGUAAAUUUCCCUCCUUCCAACUAAGAGAGCUGGCUAAUGAGUGAUUCAUGUUAUCUCCUACUUUUACACUUCUUUUAUUAUGUGCCGUGAAUCUUUGUACCACUCUACUUUUGAGCUGUAAAUCUUUUCAUAUGUUCUAAUCAAAUUUCCAACCAAAAAUAUGUAUUUUCCUUGACCAGUAAAGUUAUCAGAACUUCUGGAAUCAAAAUUUCCCUCCUCUCAUCUAUCCUGAUGUAUCUAUAGCUUGCUUUCGUAGUGGAAAAGCCACACUGUUCCUCCUUCGUUUUUUCACUAAUUCUUCUAUCAGAGAUUCCAGUUGACUUGAUCCUCCUACUCUACACCUUCCUAAUCAGGAGUCUACUUCUGCUCUUCUGAUACUUUAAACUUCUUUCUUUUGAUCUUUUAUCGUAAAGUCUCUUGCUGCCUUUAUGGAUAAGUUCCUUUUUUCUUUUCCCUUAUUCACUGUUUUCUUUUGGUUAUUAUUAGAGGAGGACUUUAGGUUGCUUCUUCUUAGAAGGAAAAUGUUGCCCAAAAUUUUUGUUUUUGUUGUAGAAAACAUUGUAUUUAAUAAUAGUUAAGAUUAAACUAUGUUGUUUUUCAUGAUGUAUACACUUUAUUUGGUUGCUGUUAUUUAUGUAAUACUUUAUUAUGCUGUGGUAAAGUGUACUACUAAUAAUAGAAACAUAUUUUGAAUGCGUCUUACCUACUGAUCAAGAUAGUUUAUAUCUCUGUGCCGAUAGGCAAGGAGAUGUAAGCUAUCUUGAACAGUAGGUAAGUAUCCAAAUGAUAAAUUUAUCAUGAAAAUGUAUAUUAUUGCAAAAGAUUACUUGAGGUAUUUUCUAAUUUCAAUGUUAUGUAGACUAUAGUAAUAGUUACAGACACAACUCUACUUACAAACAUUCAGAGAUGUAAACAACGGGAUCACAAACUUAUUUUGUACAUACAGUAUUAUAUGUACAGUGUAACAUACAGUAUUGCAUUGAUUUUAUAUCAUACUGUACUUAGUCAUGAAGAUGCAAAUAAUUCAACAUACAAGCAGCCAUCUGCAAUGUAACUCAUUUGUAAGACAGUGGUGUCUGUAUAUGUCUUGCUGUAGAAGUACUCAUAUGCACACACACUUUUAUUUUUGUAGGAUCCUUGGUUUCUGAUUUCCAUUCUCGUAAGUGACUCUUACUCUUUGAAAUAUGUUGUACAUGCAGGGUGUAAUGAACCUGUAAAUAACCUUAGGAGUAUCAGGUAACGGUAGGUGCUUAUAUGAAAGUAGAAUUAAUUUUAGAGGGUUGUAUAUGUUGUUAAUAAAGUUAUACUGUAUUUUUAUAUUAAAUACUAACUCUAUAUGAA